AACAUGGCGCGCUAUCAAAGUUUCAAAGUGGACUAUGGUUGCCUGGUGCCGGUAGAGGGAGUUCCCGCGCGAUGUUCAGUGAACUUCUGACCCAGUGGCACCUAUGAUGUCACUUGUGACCUUGGCGUAUUUGCAACAUGGCGCGGCGCAGCAUGAGGUUGGUGGAGUACGGGAAGCCCUUCCAGCUAAUGAAGGAGGAGGUACCCACUGCACCCAAGGGCGGGGCUGUCGUCAAGACGGAGUACGCCGGAGUGUGUCAUUCUGAUGUCAUCCUCAUGGACGGAGACUUCCCCAUACCUCUCAAUACUGUUCUUGGGCAUGAGAUAGCUGGCACAGUUCACGACAUUGAGCCUGGGCAGGAUCUAAAGGUAGGGGACAGAGUGGCUGCGUUUUUUCGUGGUGGUUGCGGAGAUUGUAGCAGGUGCGAGAUGGGGGAGCCAAUCGCAUGUCUUCAGGGCGUCAGGCGAGGCCUUGGAUCAACAGUAGAUGGCGGGUACUCGGAUUACGUCAUCAUCCCUGACGCCAGACUGUUGGUGAAGGUGCCUGACACGGUUACCAUGGAUACGGCGUGCCUCCUGCCCUGCUCGGGGCUGACCGCCUACAACGCUGUCUGUACCAUAGUGCCCACCGUUCAGGACUUCGUCAAGCAUAAUGGAGACUGUGCGGUACUGUUGGUGGGCGCUGGGGGGCUCGGCUUGUGGGGUGUUCAGUUUGCCAAGCAGCUUCUUCCUGCAGGAGUUCGCGUUGUCUGCGCUGAUGUGGAAGACGAAAAGCUGACCACAGCCAGAGAGGCUGGAUGUGAUGGGACUCUGCUGUGGAGAAAGGAUGUUGAUAACAACAACGCUGUGGCCGAGGCCAAGAAAGUUUGCGGCAGCCUCGGUGGUUUUGCGGCGGCCAUAGACUUCGUCAACGUGCCAGCUACCUUUGAGCGUGUUGAGAAGAUAUUAGCACAGGGAGGCAUGCACGUUUUGGUGGGUUUGAUGGGAGUCGGUGCCCCGGCUUCCGUGCCGCUGAUGCCGUACGUGAUGAGUUGUCAUCAGAUGGCCUCUUUGCGCGUGGGAUCGCUGCCACAACUCAAGGAUCUCAUGGCUCUCGUGGCACAGGGGAAGAUCAAGCCACCGCCCAUUUCCCAUCAUCCCUUGGAGAACGUCUAUGACGUCCUGGUGGAUCUGAAGGCUGGAAAGGUCAAAGGUCGCGCGGUUGUGAAGCUGUGAUUGAUGGGAGAUCUGGAAAGAUUUGAAACAACCCAUGUUUAUAAUUUCAAAAUCCGACGAGCUAUAGCAGAGUAUUCCUAAUUUUAGCUUCAAUAUGUAUAAUCAACAUUAUGGAAGAUAUGUAAUCUUUGACUACUAGUUUAUAUAAACGGAAGACCGAAAAAUGUCAUUUACGUCCUCAACAUGUUGAUUUUUGAACGUUGAAUAAAGUCGAUUGUUAUCUUCUUG